AUGAAUUUCAUAGCUGGUCUUCGAACUAUCAAAGAAUAUCUUAGUAGCUUGAAUCUUUUCGAAAGUUCAGCUGGUCUAACUAAUCCACAUCGUUUGCGUACUGAAAUUAUAUCAACUCGAAUAUAUAUUGUUCUUGCAACUAUUGCUGUAUUUAUACUCGUUUUGUUUACUGCUUUGGAAGACACAACGCAAAGCAUUACUAUUCGAAAUCCAUCUCAAGAUACUUUUGAUCAAUUCUAUUCCGAAUAUUCAACAACACUUCAGUGUUCAUGUAGUCAAGUAGAAAUACCAUACAAAACUUUAAUUAAUAUAUCAUACAAGUUACAUCCUGUAUGUUCAAGUGUAUUCAUCUCCGAUUCUUGGAUCAGUCUUCUAUUUAGUUCUGAUAUGGGGUAUUACUAUCCCAUAGAUUUUCGUUCAUCUGGUAAUGGUCAAUUUCAACUUCUUGCUUCACUCUGUUUAUUUGCCAAACAAACGUUAAAUAAUGCAAUUGAUGAUUUUCUUUCUGAUUUUCUCUUGAGUCCACUGACUCUUUCAUCAACAUCAUUCAAAAAUCAAAGUGAAGCAAGUGCCGAAUUUUUGAAAACCUCAACAAUCUAUACAUUUCGUCGUCUUCUAAAUCUGGUGCGUGAUACAAGUCUAAUGAAUGGUUUACAACCAGCAAUGCAAACAUCAUCGAUGGAAUUAUUAGAGUAUUUUUCCAAUGGCACGCUGUCUCCAUUUCCAUAUCAAACGAUUUGGUAUGGUGAUUAUGAAAGAAAAUGUUUUUGUGGUAUUACUUCAGACUGUUAUGAACAAGCUGCCUUUUUUGAUUUAUAUGCUUAUGAAACACAUGGAGUUUUUAAACAAUUAGAUUCUCUCGAAAAUGUAACCGGAUUUCUAGUUGGAUGUUAUGCUUUUGAUGCACUUCUUCAAUCAUCACUUAUUUGUUUCUUCGAUUCUAUAUGUCUAAGUAAUAUCUUAGCAUAUUUUCCAACAAUUAAUAUUACUAGUGAUAAUAUUCUUAAUAUUAAUCAGACACAGUUUGAACCCAAUACGACCAUUGAAAAACUGGCCGAUAACCUAUUUGUUGAAGAUUGGUCAAUAGAAACUUUAUUUAGUGCCUAUUAUACUAAAUGCGCUCCAAUUCUUUGUAUCUAUACAUUUACAGAACGCAACAGCUUUCUACAAGUUUUAACAACUUUAUUGGGUGUUUAUGGUGGACUUACCGUUGCGUUACGUAUGUGUAUUCCAUAUGCUGUUCGUUUCUGGUGUAAUCGCAAGGUUGCGAAUCGAAAUGAACUUACUAUAUUGCAGCGUCUUCGAAAUGCACAGAAUACGAUGAAGAAUAAAAUAAUUGAAUUGAAUCUAUUCAAAACAGCUACAGCACGUACUAAUCCUUUUGAACUAAAGACUACAAAAAUUAUUACUUAUGUCUAUCUGAUUACAAUGCUACUUGCUCUAAGUAUUGUAACCAUUUAUUUAUUGGCAUCAACUCAAGUCCGUACUGAAACUAUACAAAAUCCAUCUCAAAUGAUUUUUGGAAAUUUAAAUGAGAAAUAUAUGAGUACACUACAAUGUCCAUGUAGUUCCAUUGCUAAUUCUUAUGAAUUAUUUACUUCAUUAUCACCUACCUUUCAUCCUAUAUGUUCAAGUUUAUUUUUAUCUGCUGAUUGGAUUGUUUCUAUAUCGGAUAUGAAUAUACUGUAUGCAGCAUAUGAUCCAUUAGAUUUUCGAGUAGCUGGUCCAGUCUUUUUCAACGCUAUGCACACAUUAUGUUCUCUUUCAAACAUAACUAUUUAUGAUACUUGGUACGAAUUUAAUCAAUCACUAUUAAUUACUAAUUUAGUAGUAACGGAAUCAGAAUUUGAGACUCGAACAAAUGUGACAAUUGAACAAUUUCAAGAAAAUACAUUAAAUGAAUUUAAACGUAUUCUCUCACUUGUUGAUUUACAUACAAAAACUAUGUAUAAUAUGGGAUAUGAAAGUGUUGAGCUUUAUACAGAUCAAUUAGCUACUAGUAUAACACAAGUUGAUUUUCGUUGGGAGCCAGUAGAAACAGAUACAUGUUCAUGCAGUCCUAAUGGUCAAUGUACUGAUGUAAUGAGUUUCUUUUAUUAUACUGGUCUUGAUAAUACCUCACCAUACUAUCUAAACUUUACAAUAUCUGAUCUACAAGUUGGUUGUUACGUAUUACC